AUGCAUCGAAUGCGUCACCAAUUCUCUGUCUACGAUUAUGUUAUUUUCGGAGCAGUUCUCAUUAUUUCGGUGCUAAUUGGAAUAUACUAUGCGUUCUGUGGCACUCGCCAAAAUACAACCACAGAAUUCCUGACGGGCAAUAGAAAUAUGCAACUUCUUCCAAUAGCCAUUUCUAUAAUGACAUCCUUUAUAUCCGCCAUUAUGAUUCUAGGGACUCCAGCUGAAAUGUACACAUCUGGCACAUUGUAUAUGAUUUAUAUCAUUGGUGCAUGUCUUGGCUGUCUUCUGGCUUCUUUGUGUUUUGUACCUUUGAUGUACCCACUUAAAUUAACCAGUUCAUACGAAUAUCUUGAGAGACGAUUCCAGUCUGUAUCAGUCAAACUCAUAGCUACUCUACUUUGUACAAUCCAACAGGUCAUUUACCUGGGUAUCGCAUCCUAUGCUCCUUCAACAGCUUUACAUGCAGUAACUGAACUUCCGGAAAGGGCCACCAUUUUGCUUGUUGGAGUAGUUGCCACUAUAUAUACUUGUUUGGGUGGUCUGAAGGCUGUUGUAUGGUCAGAUGUUUUCCAAGCAUUGAUAAUGUUAGCAGGACUACUGGCCAUUGUCAUCAAGGGUACAGUAAUUGUUGGAGGAAUACAACAUGUUUGGGAAGUAAACAAGCAAUGGGGAAGAAUCCAUUUUAACGAAUUUCGUGUAGAUCCGACCAUUCGACAUACAUUUUGGAAUCUACUCUGUGGAGCAACGAUUGGCUGGAUGGCAACAUUUGGCACCAGUCAGGCGAGUGUCCAAAGAUACUCUUCUCUUCCAAGCCUGAGAAAAGCCCGUUUAUCCAUACUGAUCAACAUCGGAGCUGUCUCCUUCUUCAUAUUCCUUGCUUGUAUAACUGGAAUUGUUGUUUUUUCAUUCUAUGCAACAAAAGGUUGUGAUCCUUUGACUUCAAAGCAAAUUGAGAAUACUAAUCAGAUCAUACCAUAUUUCGUAAUGGAGGUGCUUGGUUACCCUGGGCUUCCUGGUCUAUUUAUUGCUUGUUUGUUUAGUGGCGCUCUGAGCUCCGUUUCCUCUUCUCUCAACGGAUUGGCAGCUAUUACAUGGGAAGGAUUCUUAAAAAAGCCCUGCAAAAGUUUAUCUGAAGCUCAUAAAUCACUUAUUACAAAAAGUUUAGUCGUUGCGUUUGGUGCUCUUGGAGUAAGCGUCGGAUUUGUAGCUAGAGAACUGGGCGGUACUGUGCUUCAGGCUUCUCUAAGCUUCACAGGUGCAUCAGGAGGGCCCAUGACCGGGCUGUUUAUAUUGGGAUCAAUAUUUCCAUGGGCCACUUGGAAGGGUGCUGUAGCUGGUGGAAUCCUGGGAAUUAUCCUUCCACUGUGGAUUAGCAUUGGAUCAUACAUGAAUGACUCUCACAAAUCUCCUCUACCGUUUCCAAUCGACAAAUGCAAUAUUUCAGAUUUAAUGGCCGCUGGUUACUUCAAUGAAACCUUUGAUGACUCACAUUUUAUUGAAGAACCAGCAGGAAUCCAAAAGAUGUAUAAACUCUCAUAUCUUUGGUAUUCAUCUCUUGGUAUCGUUGGCUGUGUAACUAUAGGAUUAGUUGUUAGUCUAAUAACAGGACCAAAUAAAGCAAGUGACGUAGAUCCAAAAUACCUAAUGCCGAUAUUCGAUCGUAUUUGCUGUGAUUUGCCAAAGUUUUUAAAAAGGAAAUUCCGGUACAGAUUCAACACAAUGUCUCCUGGGUCAUUGAGCAUCGAAAGGGAGAAGUCAAAAGUCGACCUGGACUUACAAACAUGUAAGCAAAACGAACCGAAAUACUAUAAGCCCAACAAAGAUGAAACUACUUUUGACGUGGAAACUACAAAAUCGAUAAAAAAGAAAUAUUCUAAGAAUUCAGAUGGAUUUGUGAAUAAUGAAAGUUACUACUGUAAUCCUGCUUUCUCUUCGAUAAAUGCCAUUGAUGAACCAGAAACAUUUUAGUUUCUUAUGACUCUUAUAUAGGCAAAGUACUGUAAUGGAAAGUGGAGAAUUAUCACACGAUAUAAUCGUAGCCAUUUGGUGAAUGUUUAGUCAUAUCAUAUAAGGUUUAAUAAAAAAGAAAAAAAAAACCUGAAAAUUAUUUCCAUUACACAAAGUAUGUACUUUCUGACAUGUACAGAGUUUUGUAACUAAAAGUUUGGUGAAAUAUUUUUUUUAUACUGGUUGCUAAAGAAACCUAUGGAUAUCAGCGAAUUCACAAUAAAGUAGAGCAACAAGGAUUAAUAUAACAAGAAAAGGCUUAAAAAAAAAUAAUACAAAACGACGUUAAAGUAAAAUAUAUUGCAUUUCACAAUGUCUUCCUGAUACGCAGCAAUUUCACUUUUACAUCUUAAUGAUUUCAUUUACCUGGAAAUUUAUAUAAAAUUUAGUUGAUUAACAAA